AUUAAUGAAAAUUCUAAGAUCAAAAUUUUACAUGUAUAAAACUGAUAUAUAUUUAUUUAAAAAAAAUUAACUAAAACAAAAGAUUGAAAAGAUUAAAAAGAGAGAGAGAGAGAGAGAGAGAAGUAAAUUGAUCUUCUGAAACAAAAAAGAAAAUGAUCUCACCGGACGGGAGUGACUGUAGAGGAAAAAGGAGGUAAAAUCAGAGGAGAUGCUUUCGCCGUCAAUUGACGUCUCUUUUCUCUCACAUCAUCAUUCAUCAGCUGCUGCAGUCCUCACUCACUCUCUCACUGUAAAGUAAGAGCGAGUGCAGUUGUAUCUGACUCCGAUACAAACGCCAUCCACAGGGCCACAGCCAGCAACAGUCAGUGAUCAUCUCGUGACGUCCGUCACCGUCACUUGACGCAUUAUACUCCAUUCCCACUCGUGGAAGCUGUGAUAAGGAUUGAUUAUAAUUUUAUUUCAGCCAAGUGAACUGUGUGUUAGAAGGUUCAUAUAAGUGCAAAUGAUGAUUACACACGAACAAGAUCCUGAUGUUGUUCAGUGGGGUCUACAGUUAUUUGAAAGCAAUCCUUAUUCUAACUAUAUGUAUUGUGACACUACUAUUACGCAAGAUGAUGUUGAUUAUUAUGUGGGUCAGCAUUUCAAGGAAGAAGAUUAUUAUGAUACAGAAUGUUGUAAUGUAGAGCACGAUGAACUUAUUGCACAUUCUCUUCAAGAAGAGUUGUCACAACUUUCAGUUGCAGAAUCACCAAAAUCGCCGGAUGAAGGGGGUAAUGAUAAUUUGCAAAUUUCUUCUUUUCAGUCAGACUGGCAUGGCCAAUCCAUGGAGAAUUAUGCUUCUGGGCAAGAGGGCGGUCAGGAAGAGGCAGAUGAUAUGGGAAGUUCAUGCUCUAGUCCUCAAGAAAAUUCUUACCCCGAGGAAGACUGGUCAUAUUUACUGGAGCUAGCUGAAGAAUAUGCUGUUGAUGGUGAAGUGGGAAAAUGGCUAAAUGAGAUGGUCCCUAUUCCACAUGUUCCCAAAAUCAAUGGAGAAAUACCGUCAGUUGAUGAAGCAACAUUAGAUCAUCAAAGGCUAUUAGACAGAUUGCAGGUUUAUGAUUUGAUUGAGCAUAAGGUUCAAGGAGAUGGUAAUUGCCAGUUUCGCGCUUUGUCAGACCAAUUUUAUCUAACCCCUGAGCAUCAUGAAUUUGUCAGAGAACAAGUCGUAAAUCAGCUUAAGUCUUAUCCUGAGACAUAUGAGAGUUAUGUUCCCAUGGCCUAUGCCGACUAUUUGGAGAAGAUGUCCAAGAGUGGUGAAUGGGGUGAUCAUGUUACUUUGCAGGCUGCUGCAGAUUCAUAUGGUGUCAAAAUAAUUGUUAUAACAUCUUUCAAGGACACUUGCUAUAUUGAGAUUCUUCCGAGUGUUCAACGAUCAAAAAGAGUAAUUCUUUUAAGCUUCUGGGCAGAGGUGCACUACAACUCAAUUUUUCAACAAGGAGAUUGGCCAGCAUAUGAGACCAAGAAAAAGAAAAAAUGGCGGAUGUUUCGAAAUAAGAAUUUGGAAUCCCUAGAUGAGUUCCAGUAACUGUAAUGGUAAAGCUUAGUUGUUCAGAUUCUGCAUAUGGGCUAUUCGGAAGUAGGAGCAGCUUUGACAUGCCUAUUUUCUUCCAGAUUUAACUGUACCUUUGAAGAACACCACAAGGAUGAAGCUACUUUGAUCUUUUUGCUUGUCUCUGCAUUCUUCGGGCAUCUCAUUGCGCAGCCUAAUCGGCCAGUUCGUUUUCUACAUCUAUAUAUAUUGCCAAAUUGAAACUUUUGCGGGGACCUGUUACACAUUGCUGAUACACUAUUUUAUACUUUGUCUCUUUCAAAAUGAGCUUCUGUGCUCAAAACGUUCUUAAAUUUUGCAAGCUAAUUUUUGCAACUGCAUGCUUGCCAGAAACUGUUUUCCUUUCAAGUAAAAGCUUAAUGAAGAAAGUAUUGACUACC